UUAAAUACGUUGCGUUUUAUUCUGGUUAGAUACAAAAUAUGCAUAAUCAUAAAUAAUACAUGCAGUUGCAUGUCGGUAAAGGUUUUUUGGAUAUGUUAUGUGGUACGUGGUGCAAUGCCAUCUAUGCUCUCGACAUGCCGGAUCCAUUCGUCUGGCUCGCCCACAGUGGAGCAUUUGUGUCCCGGGAUGACCUGUUGAUGUCCGCCAAAGAUGGAGUGCUACGACCCCUUCUUCUUAUAAUAAAAAAUACAAAACCGAGUCGUAAAUCUUCCGUGCGGGAAUAUAAUACAUGGCCACCGUUGCGGAAGUUUGUUACAAUUACAUUUGUUUGAAGCAAAUUGGAUAUGACGGGAGAUCAGACGAGGAUAAACGGCGUUUUUUGAGCCCCAGCUCCAUCCCAUGCCCCAGCAAGCCGCCGUGCUGCAGCGGUCCCGUCUCCUCUAGAGCCCGCGGACCCGCCAUAGCGUUAUGGCUCAGACGCUACAGAUGGCGAUCCCCAACUUCGGCAACAACGUCCUCGAGUGUCUGAACGAGCAGCGGCUGCAGGGCCUCUACUGCGACGUCUCUGUGGUCGUCAAGGGCCACGCCUUCAAGGCCCACCGCGCGGUGCUGGCCGCCAGUAGCUCCUAUUUCCGGGACCUGUUCAAUGCUGGGGGCAAGAGCUCUGUGGUGGAGCUGCCCCCGGCCGUGCAGCCCCAGAGCUUCCAGCAGAUCCUGGCCUUCUGCUACACGGGCCGCCUCAGCAUGAACGUGGGGGACCAGUUCCUGCUGAUGUACACCGCCGGCUUCCUCCAGAUCCAGCAGAUCAUGGAGAAGGGAACAGAGUUCUUCCUCAAGGUUUCAUCCCCGAGCUGUGACUCCCAGGGGCUUCACACCGAGGAAACCCCACCCUCUGAGCCUCAGAGCCCUGUCACUCAGACCGUGGGCGGGGCCUCUGCAGGAGGUAGGCCCACCCCCUGCCUGACCCCGCUGCCCCUGGUCUCCAAGGUGAAGACGGAGCAGGCUGCCUCCACGCCGCAGCAGGAGGGCUCCCCCUACUCGGUGGUCUGCACCCCGGUGGCCAAGCGUCUCUGGGAGGGCAGCAGUCGCGACGGCGGUGGGGGCCUGGGGGGCGGAGGGUCACGCAAGGCCGCCCGCUACUCCGCCGCCGCCUCGGCCGCCGCCCAGGACGGGCGCGGCGGCGGCGGCAUGGUGGGCGGAGUCAUGACUCAGGGGGCGGGCAACGGCGUCAACGGCAACCACAACAACAACAACAACAACAACAACGGCGUGACGCCCGACGGGACGAGCCCCGGCGCGCUCAGCAUGUACACCAGUGACUCUCCCAUCAGUUACCACGACGACGAGGAGGAGGACGACAUGGCGGACGAGACCGCCGAAGAGCAGUACCGGCAGAUAUGCAACAUGUACACCAUGUACAGCAUGCUGAACGUAGGCGCCACAGUGGCUGGCGAGCGCGUGGAGGCCCUCCCGGACGUGACGGCGGAGUCCGGCGGCGGCGGGGGUCGCGGUGGCCGGGGCAGCCGCGCCCGCCAGGACCUGGCGUCCCUGCCCGCCGAGCUCAUCAGCCAGAUCGGGAACCGCUGCCACCCGCGCCUCUACGAGGAGGGGGACCCCGCCGAGAAGCUGGAGCUGGUCACCGGCACCUGCGUGUUCAUUUCGCGCGCGCAGCUCAUGAACUGCCACGUGAGCGCCGGCACGCGACACAAGGUGCUGCUCAGGCGGCUGCUGGCCGCCUUCUUCGACAGGAGCACCCUAGCUAACAGCUGUGGUACCGGUAUCCGCUCCUCCACCAACGACCCGAGCCGCAAGCCCCUGGACAACAGAGUCCUGCACGCCGUCAAGUUCUACUGCCAGAACUUUGCGCCGAGCUUCAAGGAGAGCGAGAUGAACGCCAUCGCGGCGGACAUGUGCACCAACGCGCGGCGCGUGGUGCGGAAGAGCUGGAUCCCCAAGCUGAAGCUGCUGAUGGCCGAGGGCGACGCCUACUCCGCCUUCCUCGCCGACAGCGUCAAGAUGGAGGCUGACGCCCUGGUGGGGGCGGAGCACGGGUUUGACCCCGCCUCCCUGGAGGCCGUGGCCAAUAGCGACGCGGGGGGCGGGGCCGCGGCGGCAGCAGACGCCCUGCAGGCGGCCGCGGCCGACGGCAGCACUUUGUUCUGAGUGGCGGGACGGACAGAGAGAGAGAGAGAGCAGCGACAGGAAGUGGAGGCAGACGCGAUCGCGGCGCCACUCUCCUUCGCCUCGGGUUUGAGGAACAAUUGUUUCUAUUUAAUUUCUUUUUCGUUUAUUUGGUUUCCUGUUUUAAUAGCGUCCUCUCCUCCUGAUGCUUGUUUUUUUGUUUUUCCCCUUCUGUUUAAUUCGAUCUCCAAACAUUUCAUAUGUCCCUGGUUCGAAGAAGAGCGAGAGAGAGAGAGAGAGAGAGAGAGAGAGAGAGAGAGAGAGAGACCGAAGAGGGUGGGGUCGCUCGUCCGCUCUGCAUGUGCGUUCAAACAUCCUACCAUGGGAUGGAAAACAUGUUUUUUUGUAAAUCUAAAUAGUUUACGGUCACGUCUCCUCUCCCCUUAAUGAUGAUACCUUGACAUACAUUCCCAGAGAGCAGGGGCGGUCGGUGUGCGCAUGCGUGUGUCUGUUGCUUGAAGAGAAUAAUGUAGACGCUGCAGAAGAUGGGCGGGUUUGGAAAGAGCCCUCAAAACGCUUUCGGAAAGAACGAAAGAAGUGCGAGGGUUUGAAAAUGUCGGCUACCACUGUUGUUCUGUUAUUAUCUUGAAUGUAUGCGUGUGGGGCGGGGUUGGGUAGAUAUGUUGGCACCGUUCUUUUUUGGAUGCUAAUCCCCUAAAGUUUUUUCAUUUGACACAGGGCAGUGUGAUUUACUUUGUCCUCUCGAGUGAUGAGCCGUCGCGUGCUGGGCCAAAACUAGCCAAUGCUGUCCGAUAGCGAAGCUCAUCUGCUUUGGAAUUCCGAAUUUCUUUUAAUAUUAUCUACGAUAUCUUUCUCUCCCCCCCCCACCUCCCAGAAACACCUAUUAUUUUCCUUGAACCUCCUUGAGACCGAUUCUGUCCUAUAAAUGUCUUGCCCUAUAUUUUUUAAUCAUUUGUCGUACCAAUACUUCCAACGGAGCACCGCUCGCAUAGUUUGUCGAAGGCGUGGGACAAAUGCACUGUGUUGACGUAGGAUUUUUUAAAAUUCCUAUUUAAAGCGGUUCUGAAAAACGAUUGAAGCAGAACAAGUUAAUGACGAGAUGAGGGCUCCCUGAGUGGGGUUUGUACACAGGUACGCGUGCGGUGUGUGUCUCCAAUCAAGCUGUGACCUCGCCUUGUGUGUACGCUUGAGCCCCCCCCCCCCCCCCCCGCCGAUCAUGAUGGGACCAAUCGCGUAUAUCGGAAAACGGGGACAAAACUGAUGCCCCAGACAAGCUACUGCUUACCGACUGCACGCUCUGCUGGCAUGCGCACAGGUGCUAAUUCAAGCAUUAGUACUCUGUGUGUGAAUGUGUUUGUGUGUGUGUGUGUGUGUGUGUGUGUGUGUGAACGCGCUUGCAAGCGUUUGGGUGUGUAUCCCUACAUGCACUGUAGCAGAGGGAGGCCAGAUGGCCAGGUUUUUUUUACACAAUUGGAGCGCUCAUUCAUCCAUCAAGGCAACGUAAACACCGUGCACGCGCAAGCACACACACACACACCCAUCCACCCACCAGCACACGCUCAUGCACGUUGUGACUGUGGCUACGGGGGGAGUCUGGUCUCGCUGCGGCAGGCAGCCGAGUGGUAACCGGUGGCGGGUGGAGAAGGAUCUCCUCCAUGACAAUCUAGAAGUCUUACUUAGAAUUGGACCUCCUCUGGGAGGUAGACACUGUGUUGGGGGGGAAUGUGCACUGAGACUCUGUCUCUCGGUUGGUUGAUUAUUUUUUACGAUGUUUGCCUGAUGCUGGUAGUGGUCAGAACGUUUUUAGUGUAGGGUUGGUAGGCUUUCUUUGUCGAAGGAAGGGCAACACCUUUUUUUAAAGCACCUUAUUGCUGCUGCGCCGUCAGAACUGUGUCUCUGUCUGUGUUCUCUUGGUACACACACACACACUCACACUCAAACACACUCAUAACUGCAAUGCCUUGCUUAACCAGUGAUGGGGCUGUCCAUGCUGUUUCUGUAUCGUGCUUGCAUGCUCUUUAAGCUCCAAGCACGGUCAAGGUUGACUGAAAGUGAAGACGUUUUGUGCUUGGCAAAGAGCCGUCUUGUCGAGAGAUGAGUCUUGUGGGUGCAGGCUUUGGUCAAAUAUGAGUCUUUUGGGUGCAGUCUAUAGUCCAUUGACUCCUGUGGUUGGAGGCUAUAGUCAGAUGUGAGUCUUGUGGGUGCAGUCUAUAGUCCAUUGACUCCUGUGGGUGUAGACUAUAGUCAGGAGAGUCCUGCGGGUGCAGGCUAUAGUCAGGUGAGUCCCGUGGGUACAGGCUGUGGCUGUGAGACCAAGUCAAGAUUGAGGGGGUGGGAAAAAGAUGCAUUUGCACAUUUGACGUCUCCUUAAAAUGACUUCUUAAAAGCCCUCCCACCGCCUGAAAAACCAAAACAUCAACGUUGAGACAAAAGGAAUGGGGUGGUGGGCCUGGCAGGAGGAUGGAGAGAGAAUAUGGAGAAGAGGAGAGUGAAUCUCCCCAGAGAGGGAGGAAGAGUGAUUGUGUGAGGGGAUCGAGAGAGAAGGAGAGACAGAGAGAGAGAGACAGGGGAGGGUAUGCAGGGCGCUUGGAUUAUUCGUUCUGAAUGCAUGCAUGCGUGCUAUUGUGUGUGUGUGUGUGUGUGUGUGUGUGUGUGUGUGUGUGUGUGUGUCUGCCUCUUCCUUUCCAUUUAUGGAGAGCUGCGUGUUAGUGUGUGUCUCUUCACACCAAGUGCUUUUGACAGGCACACAGUGUGUGUGUAUGUGUGUGUGUUUCUUAAUGUACCCACAUGCGAAUGACUUUCACUCUGUGUGGGUGGUUUAGGUAUUCAGCCCGCAAGUUGUGUGUGUGUGUGUGCAUGCGCGUGUGUGCGAGACACUCUGUGGCAGACAAAAACAAACAUCCACUCAUCCCAACCUCUGCACACGUAUACCGCCCACUCGCACAUAGACACAGACACCGACCAAGACACAUCCGCACGCGCACAUACACCAGACGCGUACGCAUGGACACAUGUGGGACGCGCGCGUAUAAACACACACACGCAUAGACGGGCGCAGUGGUCUGCAGCGCGGCAUGCGAUGCGUCUGGUGUAUCAAAGCCUGGAGGCAGAGCGGCCAUGUUGCGGAGCCUGAAUCAUCCUGAGCGGCACGGUUACCAUUUUGGACGGCACACAAUUACCUCCCAGACUCCCUGACGCACACACACACGCUCCACUCACCGCUCACCACGUCUCUCCCCCUCCUCCUAUUGUUCCUGCUUUCAUUGUCGUACGUUUUUUUUCAUUUCUCGUUUCUCGUUUGUUUGCUGUAGUUGUGCUGGACUAGGCCCAUUCUGGUGGUUUAAUUCCCCCCCCCCCCUCUGUUUGCAUUCCGUCUACCUCUUGCCUCUUUCUGUCUGUCCCCUCCUGUCUUCCCCUCUUCUUGUUUGUCUCUCACCUCCACUCCACUCGUCCUCCCCUCUCUCCCUCCACUCAGGGACGCUCUGUACUUUGGAGCUUCAGCUUUUGUUUUUUUGGUCUCUUCGUUUCUUCUACUUUUCUUGUCCUCCUUUCCACCCCUUUCUUUUUUUAACCCCCCCCCCCCCCCCCCCCCCUCUUACUGACUCUCUUCUGCUGUACCUUGGCGCCUCCCAUCUUCGCUAAGUCACAUGUCUCUGCCGUGUGUGUGUGUGUGUGUGUGUGUGUGUGUGUGUGUGUGUGUGUGUGUGUGUGUGUGUGUGUGUGUGUGUGUGUGUGUGUGUGUGUGUGUGUGUGUGUGUGUGUGUGUGUGUGUGUGUGUGUUGUGAGCCGGAGAAGGGGCCCGUCUUUGUGCAUCCAUCCUUAUCGAGGGGACGGCUGGCUAAACAGUGGUGCACAUUGCGUCUGUCGUGUCGCUAACGGAGGACGGCCGGCCGUCGAUUCCCUGCCGGUGACCUGCAUACCUAAAACAUGAUCCGGACCACAGCCAAUCGGAGGGCUGCCAGACGCCCCGCCAGACCGCCCAAUCAGCGGCGCGAGUUUCUAGGCUUGGAACAGUAGAGAGGAGCUUGUUAAAGAGUCCCCGAGCCGUCAGAGCAUUGCAGCACUCUGAUGUAGAGCGAGAUCAAACACAGCGCUCACAAAGAGAUGGAGAGACUCAGGCAGACAGAGGGAGAGAGA